AGCCAUUUUGGCUCAAGACGCUGGGAGAGCAACCUCCCCACUUUGCCCGACCUGCACUGGCGUGUCCCAUGGGCCAGCGGAUAUGCGGCGGCGAGAACCCUCCGCCCCCGGGCAAAGCCGCGCCCGGCGGCGCGGCCACCCGGGGCAGCGGCCGGGGCACCGGCUGGCGGAGGCAGGGCAGCAACCUGCACCGCACCAGCGCCGCCUCGCAGUACCGGCUGAGGUGCGCGGAGCGGGUGUCGACGCAGCUCGACCGCUCCGCGCCGGUGAAGCUCAUCGUCUUCGACCUGGACGAGACGCUCACGAUGGCGACGUUCAUGACCUCGGACGGCAGCUGCCUCCCCAGCGAGCGCGAGACCAUGGCGAGGGUGAACUUCGAGUCCCCCUGGGUGGAGGGCCACAGGCUCGACAAGCUCCGACAGCUGUUCCAGGGGCUCGCGAGCGGCAGGGGCGGGCAGCGCCGGCGCCUGGCGGUGCUGACGCGCAACGCCAACGCGGCGGGCGUCCUCGCCGUGGUCAACCUCCUCCAGGUCGGCGGGCUCGCGGAGUUCUUCUGCGCCGUCUGGACGAUGCCGUGGCGCCGGGGCAGGCACAACGGCGCGUUCCGGGACGAGGACGGCGAGUGGCAGUAUUUUGACCCCCCCGUGGACAGGGUCCACGACCACAAGGCGGACGUGCUGAAGCACGUGUGCGGGUGCCCAGAGAAGUGGCUCCCGCAGCUGGUGGGCCCCGGGAGGGCCAGGUAUGCGGACCUGCUGCCCCUGAAGCCGGAGAGCAUCGUGCUCGUGGACGACCAGAGGGCGAACUUCAAGAGCCCCUCUGGCGUCGAGGUGAUGAGGUACUGCAAGGUGGCCCGGUACGACGCAAACUACCGCAGUUUCGGGCUCAUCAAGGACAUGGGAGGCAUCGGCGCGCACAGCGACGCGGACUACGACAUGCUGAAGCGCUUCGUGGAAGACCCCUGGAUGUGCAAGGAGUCGAUGGAGGUCCGGUGCAACCAGCGCGACUUCGAGGGCCACGAAAGGAGGAACCCCGUGCAGCUGGUGGUGUUCGAUUUCGACGAGACGCUCACACUGGCCACCUUUAUGCCGAGCGCCGACAUGGGAGAGAGGGAAUGGUCCGAAGCCGAUCUGCGGGAGUACAACUUUGAGACCCCGUGGGUGGAGGGCAGCAGGAUCAAGAAACUCGGCGCGUUGCUGCAGUGGAUCGCGACUAAGAGGAAGCUGGCCGUGCUGACCAAGAACGAGCACGGCGCGAUGGCCGUGCUCAAGUUACUGAGGAUCGCUGGGCUGGAGGAGCACUUCAGCGUGAUUUGGACCAUGAGCCAGACUGGCGGCUCGGGCAGGGACAAUGGCGCCUACCGUGACGGCAGGACUUGGGACUUGGGCUUCCUUCCAGGCCCCCGUGGAGAGGGUGAAGGCCCACAAGGCGGACCUGCUCCGCCACGUCGUGGACCAUCCCGAGGAGUGGUUCCCGCAGCUGGGGGGCCAGCAGAGGUCAUGCUACCAGGACCUCCUGCAGCUGCGGCCAGAGGGCGUGGUGCUCAUCGACGACGAGAGGGCGAACUUCCGCAACUACGAAGUGGCCCAGGGCUUCGAGGAGCCCGCGACCGUGCUGCGCUACUGCAAGGUCGCCCGCUACGACGACGAGUACCGGGACUGCGGCCUGCUCAACCAGAUGGGCGGGCUCGGCGCGCACAGCUCGGGAUCCCGCAAAGGGGGUGUGUGCCCUGGGGUGUGUGAGUGAGUUCGAUCGGUUUUUGCACCGAACCGCCCAAAACAGAUGCCCCCCACCCGCAGGCAGCUCCGGAUAGAUGCCCACAGGUGGGGCAUGCGGGGGGCAUCCGCUUGCGGCACUUCGGUGCACCAGCGGAUCUCGAAUCCCUGCCCCCCCUCAGGGUCAGCCCCCCUCUGUGGUGGAUCUUGAACAGCGACUCGGACUACUCGGCUGUCCGGGGCUUCCUCGAGGCCCCCUGGGACUACCCCUACGAGCGCGCCGCGGAGGCGGCGGCCCAGGCCCCCGCACCGCCGGGCGGCGCGCGGCUGCAGCGUGCGCCGGGCGCCUCGGAGGAGAGCAAGGCGCCCCGGAGGCGGUCGGUGCGGCCUGCCAGCACGCAGUGAGAGUCGGCAGCCCGGAGGUCGGCACCAACAGCAAUGUGGGCUGUGUGCCUUUCCCUCGGAGGAGGGCAACGUACCCAUACCGCUACCCUCCGCCCGUUUUCCCCUCUGUGUUCUAGGGCCUCCUCCUCCUCCUCCUCCUCCUCCUCCUCCUCCUCCCUCCUCCCCGCCCCCCUGUGCGCGCCGCCAAUGUUGGUGCUCGUCUCCAGGCCUCCGCCCGCGGGGGGGACUCGUCGCGCGCUCGCCGCGCCCCGCUCUUCGAGCGGGUCGCCCGGGGGGCGUGGCGCCCGAGCAGGUGUGCGCGGCCCCCCGCCAGCAUCGAAUGCCGACAACAUGUGUGCACGUGUGCGGUCGGAUUCCGGUGGCCUGCGAUCGGGCUGCGCGCGGUCGCUUGGGCACGCGGGAUCGCGGAGGGCGUACCUGUACAUACAGGCCUCGGACAAAAAU